CAUGGCGGCGGACUACCAGCAAGGAGACAGCUAGUGACUGCGAGUGGAAGCGAGCUAGACACCGGACAAGAAAUAUUUCUCCGUUAGCGUUUAGAUUUUUUUUUCUUUCUGAUAUCUCGUAUGAAGCAACUUCCCUCUUGUCUCAGCCACAGGGACGACGGUGAUGGAGGACGAGGAGAGGCAAAAGAAGCUGGAGGCCGGCAAAGCAAAGUUGGCUGAGUACCGGCAGAGAAAAGCUCACGCCGACUCCCAGAAGAAGCAGAAGAAGAAGAAGAAAAAGAAGUCGGCGGACGACUCGGAGGGAGAUUCGCAGGGAAGAGUGGAGGUCGAACCGGAUCCGUCCGUGGGAGGAGAGGAGGUCCCGACCGGAGGAGAAGGAGAAGGAGAAGGAGGAGGAGGAGGAGGAGGAGGAGAUGGGUCACAAGGAGGAAAUAAAGACCCACCCACUACUGAGUUUACCUUCACCAAGACACUGAGGAGCGGAGAGACUGUUAAGCAUGACCAGACCUACAACAUAGAGCCGGAGAGUGAAGUGUCCACCACCGCUGAAGAUUAUUCCUCAGAGGUAAAUGGGUGCCACGAUGAGCUGACAGAAAUCCUAAUGAUGUCUUCGAAGGAUUUUAUCUGGGAGGAAGUUGACACCCUGCAAAAGGUGGCGAAAGGAGGUACGAUGCAGGAUAUGGAGGACGCACUCGCAGCCGAGACCCAGGGAGUGGAGGAACUGAGUCAAGAGCUUGCCUUUGGUUCAGAAGGAGUACAGCAGCUGCAGGAUUUUGAAGCAGCCCUGAAGCAGAGAGAUGGCAUCAUCACUCAGCUCACAUCCAACCUUCAGCAGGCUCGCGAAGAGAAAGAUGAGAUCAUGAAAGAAUUCCUGGCUCUGACGGAACAAAGCCAAAACCUACAAAUUCAAUUCCAGCAGCUGCAGGCAGGCGAGACGCUGAGGAAUACCAGCCACAGCAGCACUGCAGCAGAUCUUCUGCAGGCCAGGCAGCAGAUAGUUCAGUACCAACAGCAACUGGACGAGAUGAAUGUUGAGGUCAGAAAACACCAGGAGAAGAAUAGUGAACAGCUGGAGCACAUCAGCCAGCUCCAGCAGAAGCUCAGUGAGAUGGAGAUGUCAGGGAGAAGAUCAGAAGAAACAUUUACGCAAAGGUUAAACGAGAAGGACCUGCUGAUUGCCGAACGAGAAAAAGUUGUCCUGAGCCAGGAGCAGUCGCUGACAGAGUUAAGAACUGCGGAGGAGUCCUUUGCACAAACGCUGAAAGAAAGAAAUCUGAUCAUUUCAGAGCAAACUGCAAUAAUCACAGAGCACGAGCGGUCAUUGAACCUGCUCAGAGAGGAAAUUGCUAAUGUGGGAAGGACUGCAGGUGAGAAUAUUAUGCCCGAGUCUAAUGAGAAAGACCUCAUCAUAGCAGAGCAAGAGAGAGUCAUUUCAGAACGUGAAUGCUCCCUCACGCAGCUCGAGGAUGAGCUGGAGUCCUCUGAGAAACGCCUGUAUGACCUCCAGCAGCUAAUGGCCGCAAAGGAAUCCGAGCUUGAAAGAUGUCUGGAUGAGUUGGAAGGCACUAAGUCUGACUUAGAGAGUUGUAAAAGUGAAAUAGAGACUUGUAAAUUACAAAUGGAGAAAGAGCGAGUGGAGUUAGAAAGCUGUAAGAGUGAACUUGCAGCCUCCAGACAGAAAGAGCGAAUGUCUUCUAAUGAAAUCAUGCAGCUCAUGGGAACAGUAGAAAAUCUGCAGAAGCGUUAUCACCGAGGCAGCCUGUCUGAGAGUGACACCAUCCAAAAAAUGCAGGAAGAGACUCUAAGGAAGCUCGAACUUCUCAGGGCAGAGCUGGACGAGAUGUACGGCCAGCAGAUAGUUCAGAUGAAGCAGGAGCUUAAUUUGCAGCAUGCGGCGAGAGUGCAGCAAAUGACUGAGCAGCAUCAUUCUGAACUUGAGUUUCUAAAAAAAGAAUUGUCUCAGUGCUCCACUAGCAGCACUGUUGAAGUAAAAACUCUUAAUGCCAAGAUUUGGGAGCUUCAAGAAACUUUAGCGCACUCCCAAGCGAUGCACGAUGAAGCCAGACAUGAGCUUAGCCAACUCGCUGAAGAGAAGAUCAGCCUGCAGGCAAAGGUUGAAGAUCUCCUUCAAGACCUCCAUUUAGCUAAAGAAGAAGUGGAGCAGGCCUCCCACAGUCUCAUCACUCAGGAAAGCAAACAAGAUGAACUGCAGCGGCUCCAGGAGACCAUUGACAAUCUGAAGAGCGAGCUGUCUGCUACUCAGGAAGCUGCGCAAGAAGCCGAAGCGAAGCACGAAUCCGAGAUAACGAAUUACAAAAUCAAGCUGGAGAUGCUGGAGAGGGAGAAGGAUGCUGUGCUCGACCGCAUGGCGGAGUCACAGGAAGCGGAGCUGGAACGACUGAGGACUCAACUUCUGUUUAGCCACGAGGAAGAGCUCACGCUCCUGCGUGAGCAACUGCAAAGUGAAAGUUUCCUGAACACAGAAAACCUUCUCAACGAAGCUGCUAUCAAACACGAGAAAGCGUUGGAUGAGGUGCGCGUUGGUUAUCAAGAAGAACUGCAUUUGUUGCAAAGAGAGAAGGUGAGUUUUGCCACAGAGCGCGAUGAGCUCUUGCACCAAAUUCUUGGCCUUAAAGAGGAUCUGAAGAUGGCUUUGCACAGCUCUAGAGCAGAUGAGCUAGUCCAGCAGCUCCAGGAACUUCAGGUGGAGCUCGAGGAACUUCGAAAGGGUGGAGAAGAGCGCUCUACAAUGGAGAAUGAGAUUAAGACGUUAUUGAAAAAGACAGAGGAGCUUGAAAACCAGACAAAAGAGAAAGAACAGCGUUGGGAGAACACACUGAAGGAGCAUGAACAGGCAAAGGAGUCACUGGUCCAGUCUAAUAACGCCUUGAAAGAGGAGUUGGGCUCAAAAAAUAUGAAAAUUGAGACACUCGCAGAAGAGAAGAAUCAAAUGCAGCAACAAGUAGUUGAGCUUAGUGAGGAAAUUGAAAAGCAGAGGACUACUUUCUCUUUCGCGGAAAAGAAUUUUGAGGUGAACUAUCAGGAGCUCAAAGAAGAGUACACGUCCCUCAUUGAGGCAAAGACGCAGUUAGAGGAGAGGACUCGGAAGGAGACGCUUGAAUUUGAAGCGAAAAUUUCCAGCCUUCAGUCGCAGAUCCGAGGGCUUGAGGAACGUCCCGGAGGCCGUAAAAUGGACGUCACAGACACGGGCGGCAAAUCUGUGGUCGAGAAAGAUUCUACUGAGCUAAUGGAGAAGCUUAAUGUUACACUGAGCGAGAAGGAAAGCCUGACUGCGAGGCUUUCAGAAGUUACAGAGGAACUGAUGUUUACAGAGAGCAAAGCGGGACAGCUGGAGCAAGACCUGACGAAUGCGCGACAAGAAAACGCAAAGGUCAUCGCCCAAAAUGAAAGCCUGCGGAAGGAACUGGAAGAAAAGCAGGAGAUUAUGAGAGAGCAGAUGAGAGGGCAGGGUUCCCAGAGACAAGCUAAGCUAAAGGGAGAAGCUGUUGAGCCAGUUCGCUCGCUGGAGGAUCACCACCUUCAGAUUCAAUCUCUGCAAGAGGAGAUAAAGGCUCUCCAGUCCCUCUUACGGGCAGCCGAAGCCGAGAGAGGCGGCGUCGGGCAGACCCCGGAGCUCCAGAGGCUUUCGCAGGCUCCGUCCCCGGCGGCGGCUCGGUCUUUGUGGGAGGGACCUGUUGAAGGACGAUCCUCCGUGCACAAGUCCACAGCCUCAGGGUCAAGCAGGCGCAAGAGACGGCAGAGGUCGAAGCAGGAGCGGAAAGUGGGCACCGCUCUUUCUGACAGCAGAGAGGAGAGGCAGAGGGAGGAGGAGGAGGAGGAGGAAGAGGCACCGGUGGAGGAAGAGGGAGCGAAAAGUGCUGCAGACGACGGGAUGCAGCCUCAGAUGGAGAGCCAGGUUAUGUCAUGUUCACAAGAGAGGGCCGGUAAGGAGGACUCCACUGACGGGUACCAGGGAGACAGAGGCAGGGACCACACCAACAAAGGGGUGAGCUGGGAUGGGACGGGCGGCCACGCGGAGCUCGUCGAGUGUCAGAGAGCAGAAGGAGGAGAGACUGCUGAGCAUGGUGAGUGCAGGCUGCAGAUGGAGGCCCAGCGCAUUAGCAUGUCUCAGAUCCACGCCGCCCAGCUGGAGCUGCUGCAGGAGGAGACGGACGCCCGCACGCACUCUCUGGAGCUGAAACUGCGGGACCUGAAAGAUGGAAACGGCCAGGGUGAACGAAAAAUCUCCAGAUACCAAAACGUAAUGCAGGCCGUGUCAGAGGAAUGCAGCGAGAUUAUUCUGGCUUUUGGAAAGAUGUUUGGCGAAGGGUUUUUGGAGAGUGCAGAUGCAGACCACCGGCCGCUGAUUUCAGAGGAGAGACCAGAAACUAGUGAAUCCGCCUCAGUUGUCCUUGAGGCCCGAGCGCUGUACAGAGAUCUCCAGCAGGUGAAGGAGACGAUCGAGCAGGAACAUCAUCGACUCUCGCAGCUCCAGGUUUUGCUGAGAGCUGACGGAGACAAGAUCGCUGCACUGCAGACGGCGUAUGAUGAACUGAAAAGCAGCAGCGAGAAGGAGAUCUCUGACCUCCGCGUGCAGGUCGCCCCUUUAAGCCCCUCGUCAAUCAGAGAUCCGGACGAGCAGGCCGGAGCGUCUGCUUCCCUCGCGGCGGACGUGCAGAGGCUGAAGGCUGAGGCUCAGGAGAAGCAGCUGCAGCUGGAGGAGAGUCACAGGCAGGAGAUGGAGCGUCUCAGAGCCCACUACCAGUGUCAGGCCACGGAGACGGAGGAGCGGUACGCGACCGAGCUCGUCAUGCUGCAACACCGCCUGCAGGAGGUCACGGGGACUGAGAACUAUUACAGCCUGUCCAGCGUCCCAGAGUCCAGCUCUGAGAGGAAGGAGGAGCACACAGAGGAGCUAAAGGAUGUGAGUGAGGAGGAGUUGUCAGAGGGAGGUGGGGAGUCGGGCUGGUCGGCCAGGUCCCCCGGCCUGAGAGCACAGCUGCAGGCGCUGAGGAAAGCUCUCCACCACAAGUACGUCCAAGAAGUCGCCGCUCUCAAGGAGCAGCACAGCAAUGAGCUGAGGAGGCUGAGGGAAGAAAGGGAGCAGGACAGGAGGGGAGAGGAGCGUCGGGACCUCAACGGUAUCAACGGCGCCGGAAGCUCCACUGAGAGCCUCGGGGUGACCGGCCAGGUCCUCCUGGAAGAGAGGCAGCACUGGGAGAGAGUGGAGGAGGAAGUUGCCAAGGCUAUAGUUCAGAUGUCCGUCGAGUUUGCACAGCAGUCCGAGCUGGCUCGAAUCAACAAACGCGCCGGCCAGAUGAGCACCUCCAUGCAGACGCAGCCCGGUGAAGAGGAGGUGGAGGACAAGGAGGCAGAGGAGCAGACUCCCAUCGCUUCCCCUGCAACAGGCGCCUGGCUGGAGGAGGAGGAGAGGGAGAGGCUGGAAAAGGAGCUGGAAGAGAGAAACGCUGAGAUCAGAAAGUUAAAGGAGGAGCUGCAGAAAUCAGGACCUGAUCAGGCCUUAAAGACGGCGGGUGAUGGCGAGGGAGAAGUUGAGGAGGAUCCAGGCGGGCCGGGAACGACGCAGGCUGGCGCGCGCAAAUCAUCGCUGCAGGAUGAUGGAGAGUCCUCUGAUAAGGAUACUGAAAGAAAUCUGUUACAAAAAGCCAACAAGACGCUUGGUCAGGUAUUGGUUGAUGUCCUGAAGACAACAGCAGCAGCGGAGGAAACUAUGGGCCUCCACAUGCAGAGUUUGCGUGAUGCUUCAGGUGGCGUGCAGCCGCCUCACUCCACCACACAGAGAGCCGUCAGACCUUACGCUGCAGAAAGUGGCCAGAGCAGUGGGACCGGCGCAGACGACAGAAAUGUGUGGCCCGGGGAGAUGGAGGCCAACGAGGGUCUGGAGUUGUCCCAGCAGAUGAUGGACAGCCUGCUGCUCGGCGCUGGGGCGCAGCUCGAGAACGAGGAGUAUUUAAUGGGAAUCGGCGGCCGGCUGCAGACGGCUCUGGAGAAGAUGCUGAUGGCCAUCUCAGACACCACCAACCAGCUUGAACAUGCCCGGAUGACCCAGACCGAGCUGAUGCGAGAGUCCUUCCGCCACAACCAGGAGAUGAACGAGCUGCUGCAGAAGCAGGAGGAGCUGCAGGAGCGGGUGACGGAGGAGGCGCGGGCGCGGGAGCAGCUGGCCCUGGAGCUUCACCGUGCUGAGGGUUUAAUUGAUGGCUACACGGAUGAACGGGCAGCGUUGGAGGAGCAGUUGCGUCAGAAGGAGGAGCUCCAGCUGAGCCUGGAGCAAGAGCUGCAGGUUACAAGCAGCCGGCUGCGCGAGUUGGAGCAGGAAAGGAUUCAGAUGCAGGAGGAGCGCGAGCUGCUGUCACGACAACAAGACGCCAUGAAGGAGAACGCCAGCCCCCGCGAGCUUCGCCUAGUUGAAGCUGCAAUGGUUGCAGCACCUGAAGCAGACCUCUUGGAGGAGACGGAGAAGCUGAUGAAGGAGAAGGUGGAGGUCCAGCGGCAGGCGGAGAAGGAGAACACGGACCUCCUGAAGCAGGUGAAGCUCCUGGAGGCCGAGCUGGAGGAGCAGGUCAACAGGGUGGUGGACCUGGAGCACACGCAGACGACGGAGAACGGAGACCUCCGCCAGCAGGUCCAAGCCCUGGAGAAACAGCUGGAGAAGAACAGGAGGUUCCUCGAUGAGCAAGCUGUGGACCGGGAACACGAGAGGGAUUUCUUCCAGCAUGAGAUCCAGAAACUGGAGCAGCAGCUGAAGAAUCCACAGAAGCUUCAGGCCGGCUCUGAGCAAAGAAACAAAGAGGUGGACCAGCUGACCUCCCAACUGAAGGAGAAGGCGGAUUGGUGCAGUGAGCUGCUGCUCAGCUCGGAGCAGCUGCAUCGUGAGUUGGGAGAGCGCAACGAAGAGAUUGACAAGCUGGAGAGCCGCAUCCGCGAGCUGGAGCAGGCCCUGCUGGCCAGCGCUGAGUCCCUGGAGAAGGUUGAACAAAAAAAGCAGCAUGCACCCAUCAGCGAGACGAGAAACUCCACGCUGGAGGCGCAGUUACAGACGGAAAGAGAGGCUCUGGAGCGCAAAGAGAAAGAGAUCUGUAACCUGGAGGAGCAGCUGGAGCAGUUCAAAGAGGAGCUGGAGAACAAGAGUGAGGAGGUGCAGCAGCUUAACAUGCAGCUGGAGAUCCAGAGGAAGGAGAUCAGCAGCCAGCAGCAGUACCUAGAAACGAGGGACAGCAUGCUUCAGGUGAUGGAGAACAAGGACAGGGAAAUAGCACUUCUUAAUGAACAGAUCACUAAGCUCCAACACAUGGAAACAGCCUCUGAUAACAAGGAAAUUGAUGAGAGGGACGAGCUGAUAAAAGACCUGGAGUCCCAGGUGGAGUGCCUGCGGAGCGAACAAGAUCGCUUGAAGAGGAAUAAUGAGGAGGAGCUUGACCAGCUGAAUGCAGUCAUAGACAGGCUUCAACAGGAGCUGGCCAACAUUGAGCAAAAGCCGGCAACAGAGGAAGAUGAGCCGGAUAGCGCUGUAGGUGGACCAAGCAAAAAGGAUCAUGAUGAAAUGAAGCAGAGGAUGGAGCUGGCCACCGAAGAGGUCGAGACACUGAAAGCAGAGCACAGUAAACUGUUGGAGGCGUACCAGCACUUGAAGGAGAAUGCAGAAGCUAAAUCAGAAAAGAUGGAGAACUCAGCGGGCGACUUUGAAGACGCGCUCAGAGAGAAAACUGCCGGCCUUGUAGUCUUACAGGCCCAGGUGCAAGCUCUAGAGCAGAGUGCGGCAUCCAGAGUGCAAGAGCUAGAUCUCAGAAUCCAGGAGCUCGAGGACUUGGUUGGUGAAAAAGACUCUGAGAUAAACCACUUCCGCUCGCAGUUGGACCAAAGUCAAGGCUUUGCAGAUGGUCUCCAAAAGAAGGUCUCUAAUCUGGAGGAAAAACUGAGGGAAAACAUGGCUGCAGCGCUGGUAAGUCAGGCCACUCUGGAGGCCUUCCAGGAGCAGCAGCAGUUAGUGGGUUCGAAACACCAGGACCAGGACCCGCAGACGCACGCCGAGCCACACACGAAGCCAAACCCAGAGCCGCAAGCUUACGAGUUUGGCGAUUUCGGUAUUCCCCGAAUGGAUUUCAGCGGAAUGGCUCAAGCGAGGCAGGUCCCCACGGGGAAGGUGGUUCACCUGACGCAGAAGCUCCGUGAGCUGGAGGCCGGACUGAGUGGGAUGCAGAAGGACCAGGAGCUUCAGAAGCAGCUGCUCUCCAGCUCUGAGGAGGAGGUGCUGGAGUAUGAGAGGAGGCUGGCUGUGCUCAUGGACCUGCUCAAUCAGAUGAAGGCCAGGACACAGCAGAUGACGUCAGCAUCUGUGGAGGCCUCCUCUGAUGAGCAGACGGCUGUCUCACAGCUUCUUCGGGAGUUGCAGGAGGUCAGAGAGGAGGCCUCGGCCACCAAAGAGCAGCUCGACAGCUACAAGGAGAGCUGCUGCAGACUGGAGGAGGAGCUCCAGGGAAAAACAGUGGCGAUAGAAUCACUCCAGGGUCAACUUCAAAAGGUAUUAUCUGUUGAUGCCGAAAAGGAGAAAGUUGCUGAACUUGGGCAGGAACUCAUGGAGGCUCAAAAUGAGGCAGCAGCUGCUAAAGAAGAACUGAACAGCCACAAGGAAAGUCUGGAGAAACUGCAGGAGCUGCUUCAGGAGCGGGAAAUGACCAUCGCUCACCUCAAGGGAGAACUGUUCCAAGUAAAAGCUGAUGAGGACAAGUCCAACAUGACAGAGCUUCUCCGGGAGCUUGAGGAGGUCAGGAACGAUGCGGCUUCCACCAAAGAAGAAGUCAACGGCUACAGGCAGCGUAACGAGAAACUUCAGGAGGAGCUACAAGUCAGUGAAGUUUUGGUUUCUAAACUCAAAGAGGAGCUCCAGGAGGUGAGACGUAAUAAGGACACCACUGAAGAAGACGUCAACAGCUACAAGCAGCAGAAUGAAAAACUUCAGGAGGAGCUACAAGUCAGUGAAGUUUUGGUUUCUAAACUCAAAGAGGAGCUCCAGGAAGUCAAAAGUAAUACAGACACGACUAAAGGAGACGUCGACCGCUACAAGCAGCAGAAUGAGAAUCUUCAGAAGGAUCUACAAGUCAGUGAAGCUUCAAUUUCUAAGCUCAAAGAGGAGCUCCAGGAGGUCAGAAAGAAUGUGGAUUCCACCAAAGACGAACUGAGCAGCUACAGGCAGCACAAUGAGACUCUCAACGAGGAGCUGCACGCCCGCGAACUCUCUAUUUCCAAGCUUAAGGAGGAGCUCCAGGAGGUACGAACGGCCUUGAUGAAGACAGCGGACUCUGUCCCACCCUCUCCCUCUCCAUCUCCCUCUCCAUCUCCGUCUCCUCAGCCUCUCUCCUCCACUUCUUCCUCGCAGCCCAAAAGAAAAGGAAGCAAACAGCCAACUGUUAAGGCGGGCAGUGCCAAAGAUAAACCAUCUCUCUCCAGGAAAAACACAACUUCCAGCCAGUCCUCCGGCAAAUCUCACAGCCCUCGGCUCAACAGCAGCUCGGAGCAGCAACAGGCGGCUGUGACGGACUCCUUCACGCAGACCGACCCUCUGCAGGCGUCUGAUCUCGGCGCAGAGAGCAAGUCGGCCGCCAAAGACGAGGUGGAGGAGGUGAUCGGGGAGUUCCAGGAGAAGAUUGUACAGAUGCAGGAGCUCCACGCGGCAGAAAUCCUGGAUAUGGAGGCUCGGCACAUAUCCGAGAGCGAGAAUCUUCGCAGGGACACACAGACGCUGGAGGAUGAAUGUAAAGCUCUCAAAGCUGUCAUUGACAAACUGCGCUCUACGGAGGCUCCUACAGCAAGACAAGACCGCCAUACGUCACAUUUCAAAGAUGGCUACACUAGUGACAGCAGCUCAGACUACAGCCAGAGGACUGGAUACGACCUGCCGAGCUUGCAGCAGGAGUUCAGAACGACUCCAGAGGGCGCCAGAAGAGAAACAGAUGAUCAAUUACCUGACAGGAUCAAGACGUUGUUGCGUGAGGUGCACCAGGAGGGCAUGCAGGUUCUCUCCCUGUCAGAGCUCCCUCUCUCUGAAGGUGAACCAGGAAGCCAGUUCAACGUCCCAGGCUGGGUGAAAGAGAGAGACGCCCUGCUGGCAACUGUAGAGUCUCUUAAGGGCCUCAUCACCCAGAUGCAGACGCACAGGGAAACACAGACGCCGGGAGGUGUGGACUGGCGUGGGCAGCUCCUGGACGCAGUGCGUCUGGUGUUUGUGAGGGAGCGGAGCGUGUUGAAGAAUGUCCUCUACAGCCAGCUGGACCUAGUGGACACCAGCGACGCCAUCAUUCACCUCAAUCAGCUGGAGCGCAGACUGGCUGAACAGGACGCCCAGCACAGAGAGGCCAUGGGUUCACUCCACACUGCAGAAAGGUCCAGUCUCAUGUCUGAGAUUCAUCAGCUCCGUGGUCAACUAGAGCAACUUCAUCAAGUAGGUACACAGCCUGCGCUCUCAGUGGCUAGUGAACGUCUCCUGAAGGAGGGAGGAGGAGUUGAUGGAGCGGCGGAGGCUGACAGGCUGCUGGUGGAGGAGCUCAAGGCCGAACUGUCCCAGACUAAACUAGAGCUGGAGACGACGCUAAAGGCCCAACACAAACACCUGAAAGAGCUGGACACACUCAGGGCUGAAGUGUCACAGAAAGCUGCUGAGGUGGACACACUGAAUGACGAGUUGACAGGGGAGAGGAAGAGAAGCAGAGAUCUCCAGUGGGCCAUGGAGAAGGAGCAGUGUCGAACUGGGAGGACUGAGGAAAGUAAACGAGAGGAACUUGAGGACAUGUGUUUGACUCUGGAGGAACAGAAGACCCGCAUAGCCCAGCUGACGCAGACCCUGGACCAGGAGCGUCAGGCCUCGUCUCAGCUCUCCCAGCAGACUGAACAGGAGCAUCUCGGCCUCAACAGGUGUCUCCAGGAGCUUCAAGUCCAACUGGAAACAGAACGAGCUAAGACCCAGGAGAUGAGCACGGCUCUAGGGAGGGAGAGGGAGCUACGGACUGGUGCAUCCUCAGUCAGCGGGCCGUCCAAUGAGGAGAGGGUUCAUGGGGGUGGUACGGGCCUUGAAGAGGAAGAGAGUCGUCUGGAAAGACUGCAGAGGGAGCUGGAUGGCAAGCAUGCACAGGUGGUUGAUCUCCUCAGUCAGUUGGAGGCCCAGAGGCUUGAGGUUGUACGAAAGGAGGAGGAGCUGACGCUGACGACUCAGAGGUCCAGACGAGAUCAGGAGGCGCUGAUGGAGGCUCGCGCCCAGCUGGAGAAACUGGAAGCGCAACUGUCUGAGGUCCAGGAGCAGCUGGAGAAAGAGCUGGAGAGGAGAAGACGUCUGGAGGAGGACAAGGAGCGACUGAAGGAGAGGCUGAAGCAGUUAGGGGAGGAGAGAGGACCUCCGCAGGCUGACAGCCAGAGUGCCACCGACCGCACCAAAGACUGGGUGUUCCAGCAGAAGAGUGGACAUGUUGAGGCAGCGGGCUCCGGUCCGUCCCCUCACAACACGGAGACCUCUCCAGUGGGCCACACCAGCGGACUGCACCACGGCCCAUGGCGCACUGUUGACAAGAUUGUGGGCAAACUCCACCUCAUUUCCUCAAAGGUCGGCAGCAUGGCCAGCAAGACUCCUGCCAGGCUGACUGCAGAGGUCGACCGUGAUGAGUUGUCCUGGGUCCAGUCCAAUGUUGAUGAGGUCAUCACCAUGCUACAGCAAUCCCCAGGUCUACCCUCCGUCCCCGAGACUCUGUCCCUGCUGGCAGGAGGCUCCUCCAGCUCCUCCUCCAACACCCUGACGGAGCGGCUGCUGAGGCAGAACGCCGAGCUGACAGGUUUUGUCAGCCGUCUGACCGAGGAGAAGAACGAUCUGAGGAACCACACGCUGCGCUUGGAAGAGGAGCUCCGACGCCAUCGGCAGGCCGGGCUGGGAUUAGGCGACAGCUCCAUUAGAAGAGGAGUGUCAAAGAUUGACUCAGCAAGUUUGCUGCUUUCUCAAGAGCGGGAAGCUUGGACUCGAGACAAGGUCCGUCUGGAGAAAGCGCUACACCUGGCUCAGUCCCAGGUGGCCCGACUCAGGGGAGAGAUCAGGUCCGACAACCUGCGAGAGAUAACCGGACCUGAAGCUGACAACGCUGCACUGAAGAGGAUGUAUGGGAAAUAUCUGAGGUCAGAAAGCUUCCGCAAAGCACUGAUCUACCAGAAGAAGUAUCUGCUGUUACUGCUGGGUGGUUUCCAGGAGUGUGAGGAAGCCACCCUGUCGCUCUUGUCCAGGAUGGGCAGUCGACCGUCGCUUUCCAGCCUGGACUCCUACAACCAGCGCCGCCGGGGGCUGAUGCGCUUCCGCUCUGCCGUCCGAGUCUCUAUCGCCCUCUCCAGAAUGCGUUUCCUGGUGAAGCGAUGGCACAAGGCGACCGGGAUGAGCUCCACAGCCUCCUGCAGUGUCAACAAGAACGGAGCAGGACAAACAUUAGGUGCGGAGAUGAGAGAGUCGCCGUAUCUUCACCCAGGCGGUGUGGAGAUGUACAGAGACAGAGGAAGUGGAGGAGGAGGAGGAGGAGUCUCCAGCAGCAGGGGGAGAAGUGGACGUGAAUCCCCUCGAUCGGCCAUCUCCUCCACGCCACACAGGUUUCACUUGACUGGAGACCACGGAGCUCUCACCUGUUCCCACCUGCAGAGCUACGACCCCGACCGAGCGCUCACCGACUACAUCUCCAGACUGGAGGCCCUGCAGAGGAGGCUGGGCAGCGUGACAUCAGGUGCUUCGUCAUACGCUCAAUUGCACUUUGGCUUGAGAAGAUAGAUGCUGACGAGUUACAUUUGGCUUGAAGAAACUCAGUUGCCUUUCUCGUGCUGAGCGCUCUGCUGUUUUCUAUCAUUCUGGCGUGGACCGUAUCUUUCCAUGUGGACCAAAACACGUUUUUUUAUUAGUGUACGACAUGUUGUAUUCGGGCUUUUUUGUCGCCAGCACUUGAAAAACAGCUAUGUUUGUAAUUUAAAAUCUGCCUCUUUGUUGUGAAUGACACUACAAUCAUGUAUAUUUGUCUAAUGCUAAUUUAAGACUUUGUGAUUAAUUUAUAUGUUUGUGUUGUAUGGGUGGAGCGUUAAUGUAGAGGAUGUUUGGGUUCACUGUUAAGGAGGCUGCUACUGGAUAUCCUACACUACACUGUGUUUUGUUUAGGCCAGACAGACUACAGAGGACAUUUGUAGAGAACGUAUUUUUGUAAAGCGUAGGAGCUUUGAAUUUUCUGGGUAUUUUGUCAAAAACUGAAAUAAAGAGGACUACAAUAUUUCAAA